CUGGAGAUAACGAUCCCUUAUGUUUAUAUAUCAUAUUUAUAUGGCCAAAAAACACCCACCUUAUCAAUAUUUUCUGUAUCUUUAAAAUACGGUGGACUUUUUACAUUUUUCAGGAGUAUUAUUCCAUAUUCAAUGGAUGUCAUAUAGUGAAAUUUAUGUGUCCAACUUUAUGCACUUUGGUUUAUAUUUUACAUAUAUCACACUAGAAACGCAUACGCAUAUCUUACAUACACUUGAUCGCAGAAUUAUAUAUAGAUGAUUUUCUCUUUCAUUGAAACCUAUAUUUAUGCAUAUAAAAACAGAGGCAGAUACAUGUAACCUCAGCAUUGGUAUCUCAAAAAAUAUUUGCCAUCUCCCUCUCAUCACUAUUCGUCGUCUGUUUCUCUCUCAUUCAAAUGUCAAUAAACCAAUACUCAAGCGAUUUCAACUACCAUGCUCUCAUGUGCCAACAGCAGCAGCACCAGCACCACCACCACCAUCGAAACGACGUCGUGGAAGAAAAAGAAGCUCUUUUCGAGAAACCCUUAACCCCAAGUGACGUCGGAAAACUCAACCGCCUCGUCAUCCCAAAACAGCACGCCGAGAGAUACUUCCCUCUCGCCGCAGCCGCCGCAGACGCGAUGGAGAAGGGUUUACUCCUAUGCUUCGAGGACGAGGAGGGUAAGCCAUGGAGAUUCAGAUACUCGUAUUGGAACAGUAGCCAGAGUUAUGUCUUGACCAAAGGAUGGAGCAGAUACGUCAAGGAGAAGCAGCUCGACGCCGGUGACGUCAUUCUCUUCCAUCGCCAUCGUGUUGACGGAGGAAGAUUCUUCAUUAGCUGGAGAAGACGCGGCGACUCUUCCUCCUCUUCCGACUCUUAUCGCCAUCUUCAGUCCAAUGCCUCGAUCCAAUAUUAUCCUCAUGCAGUGUGCGCGUGAGAGGGUAGACGCUCUUUAAAGAAAGUAGAGAAACGAUGGAAGCCCAUAGAAACAGAAUCGGAUUCGUAUUAUCAAACAUUGCGUGACAUUUGUUACGUAUCCUUACAGCUGCUCUUUAUCCAUUUUCAUUUUUUUUUUCACUACAACAUAUUUAUAUCUUAUAUAUACGUCCGUGUAUCUACGCAACAUAUUUAAUCGUAUCUUAGACCUUAAUUAACCAAAACGGAAUGCACUCUCUCGCUAUAUGUUCCGGAUAUGCAUUUACUAAAUUUCGAUCUAAAAGAUAAGCCAAGUCCAAAACCCAUCAUUCAACUUAGUCUAGAGUGUAUAAUUGGUUCAUGUGAAUGAGGACAUAACGUUUUGCACUAUACAAAUGUAAUUCGCCUAUAAUAUGCCCAUAUAUCUAAACGUGACGUGUCAUUGUGGUAAAGCUUGUCAUCUGAGUACCAGAAUGGAAAAACUUUCACAAUAAAGUCGUGUUUCCAGAUCCUUUUGGGAAAUUACAUGUCAAAGUAUAUGUUGUUAUCCAUAAUAGAUUCCUCAAUUUUGCUGUUCAAAAAAAAAUAUAAGAUUCCUCAAUUAUUUUUA